AUGCAAGCUGUUUCUUCGCCUGCGUUCUCGUCCGAUCUCAAAUCUGUUAUUCAAACGAAUCUAACGGUCAAGAGAGCGCGUUACACUCACGUAGAUGCAAAGCGCGUGGCUGUUCGUUGCGGUUACAGGUCUGAGUCGUUUAGUUUCCCUAACGGUGUUGGCUCGAGCCGAGCCGAUUGGCAAAGCUCAUGCGCUAUCUUAGCCAGCAAAGUAGUUUCAGCUGAGAAUACCAACGGUUUAGCCGAUCAAGUCGCUGCCGUUAACGGACACAGUAACGGCUCCGUCAAUCUCAGCCUUGUUCCGUCGUCGGAGACAAAACACGGGAAGCCUGGGUUGACUCAGCCGUUAACGAUAACAGAUCUAUCGCCGGCGCCGUCGCACGGAUCCACCCUCCGUGUAGCAUAUCAAGGAGUUCCCGGAGCGUAUUCUGAAGCCGCCGCCGGAAAAGCUUACCCGAACUCCGAAGCCAUUCCCUGCGAUCAAUUCGACGUCGCGUUUCAAGCGGUUGAGCUUUGGAUCGCCGAUCGUGCUGUUCUCCCUGUGGAGAAUUCUCUCGGUGGUUCGAUUCACAGAAACUACGAUCUCCUCCUCCGUCACCGUCUCCACAUCGUCGGAGAAGUUCAGAUCCCGGUUCACCACUGUCUCCUCGCUCUUCCCGGAGUCCGAUCAGAUUGCAUCGCGCGAGUGAUUUCUCAUCCUCAAGCUCUAGCUCAAACCGAAGGAUCGCUCAACAAACUCACACCAAAAGCAGCGAUCGAAGCGUUUCACGACACAGCCGCGGCGGCUGAAUACAUCGCGACGAACAACCUCCACGAUACGGCGGCUGUAGCUAGCGCGAGAGCAGCAGAGCUCUACGGAUUACAGAUCCUCGCCGACGGGAUCCAAGACGACGCCGGAAACGUCACGCGCUUCCUCAUGCUAGCGCGUGAUCCGAUCAUCCCGCGGACGGAUCGUCCGUUCAAAACGAGCAUCGUGUUCGCGGCUCAGGAACACCAAGGAACGAGCGUUUUGUUCAAAGUGUUAUCAGCGUUUGCGUUUCGAAACAUCAGUUUGACGAAAAUCGAAUCGCGGCCACACCAAAACUGCCCGGUGAGAGUGGUCGGAGAAGGAAACGCCGGUGGUGGAACGAAGAAGAACUUCGAGUACACGUUCUACGUGGAUUUCGAAGCGUCGAUGGCGGAGGCGCGUGCGCAAAACGCGCUUGCGGAGGUGCAGGAGUACACGUCAUUCCUCAGGGUGCUGGGAAGUUACCCAAUGGAUAUGACUCCAUGGUCAACGUUACCAAGCCAAGACGUAUGA